UAAAAAAAAGUAAAAAUGUUUCCGAAUUAUUUGAAAUCUAAAAAAAGUAGAAUCUAAAAUUUCGAGCAGUUUACUAGUAGAGCAGUGAAGCAUACUAAAAGCUGCAUAAUUUGCCAGACUUUCUCUCUACAGCCGCAUCUUGGCGUGAAUGUAACAGUAGAUCAUUCUGCAAAUUGUUGUUUGAAGUUGCUGCAAAGUUUGGUGAAACAAUGCUUUGUGUUUAUGUUUCGCCAAUCAGUAAUUUGUCCUUAUUGUUAUUGCUGAUAAAUGGUUAACAAAUGAGACAUAAUUUAACCAAGGUUAAUCUAAAUAUAGAAAGGAAAGUUAAAUCAAAAACAAUACUGUGAAACAAUAAAACUCAAACGCUAAAUUAAUGUGAAUAUUUUAACUGGAACAUCUCUUCAACACAUCAACAAAAUAUUGUAUUUAAGUAUGUUUUCUUUUCAAAAACAUAAAAAAGUUAUAUUUUCUAUUAUAUUUUUAAUCAUGAGUUUAUUUGCUGCAAUAUUUACUUGCAGUGCAAUGGUUUACAAAGAAGCAAGUACUUUAAAAGUGCAUUCUAAUAAAACAGCAAGAGGAAAAACCUUUGCAAUCAGUUCUACUUUGCAAUUAAAAAAAUUUCGUCAAAAAAAAAAGUUACCGAGUUUAGGAAGUCCGUUUAAUCCAGAAACCUGGAAUAACAAAACAGCAAACUUGAAAAAGAAAUACACUAUCCUGUAUUGGUCGAAAAUACGCGGUCAUGUUGCAAGACUGCAAACAAAAAAAGAAUAUGAAAAAGAUAAACAUGUCUGGCCUUAUACGUAUGUUGGAGAAAAUUGCCCUGUACAAUGUGAAUUAACAAACAAUAGAGCUCGUGCAAAAGAAGCAGAUGCUUUUGUUGUUCAUUCUCGGCUUACGGACGUUUGGGACUUUCCACCUUUUGAGUAUCUUGCACCAUGGAUUCUUCAGAAUAACGAAAAUCCGGUAUAUACUCCAGCUAUAAGUGACCCACGAGUUAUGAGUAAAUUCAAUCUUUUAAUAUCUUAUAGAUUGGAUUCAGAUUUCCCUUCUCCAAUUUAUCCGAUGCCAACUUUAACAAAACCAAUUCCAUUUAAACAAAGACUAGGUAAUGUUUUGGCCGUUUUUUCUAAAUGUGAAGUUGUUCGAACUGAAUACAUGCGUCAAUUGAUGCUGUACACCGAAGUACAUUCGUAUGGUUCAUGCUUAAAAAAUAGGGAUGGACUAAUUGGUUUAUACGGCCAAGUAAACGGAAAGUAUGUUUUUAAAGACUACAAACUGGUACUCACCAGGUUUUAUAAAUUUUCAUUGGUCUUUAUGAACCAAGAUUGCGAUUAUUUUGUAGAUGAUAGGUUAUACCAUGCGCUAGAUACGGGAUCCGUACCUGUUUAUAUGGGUACAAACAAAAUUGACGAAUUUUUACCUGGGAACUUAAAAAACUCAAUCAUAAAGCUAACUGACUUUAACUCACCUAAGGAACUAGGAGAAUAUUUAAAUUAUUUAAGUCAAAAUGAAACUGCUUAUAACCAAUAUCUAUUGUGGAAGACUACGGGAUUUGGAGAUAUAAGUAACACAACUAUCGGGCGUUGGUGGAAACCUAAAUACCCACUAUUUUGUCAGGUAUGUAUGCGUCUUGCACAAGGUGGAUUGCAUGCUGGGCUUGAUCCAGAUGUUUGCAAACCACGAACUUAUUUAGAUUGGAAACUUCAUCCACCAUACGAUAGUAGUUCUUUGUUAAAAUCAACUCAUACAGAACAAAAGCCCAUCAAGCUUCUUUACAUUUUUGUUUUUGCUGGAGCAGUUUUUACUUUUCUUAUUGUAACUAAAGUCUGUUUUACAUUUAAACUAUUUUCAAAUAAAAAAUUGCGUUUCAUUGAAUAUAUAUAAUUAUUUAGUUAAC